AGUAUUUUUAGUAUCACCCCGAAGUAAAACAAAAACAAAUACCGAAAAAAAAAACAAGAUAUCUGCACGUGUUUUGUUUAGGCAAAACAAAAAAAUGGGCAAAAAGCCAGCAGAUGAAAUACCCGGGUUCCCGUCGCUGGAGGGCGUGGGCGGAUCUGGAGGCGACGACAUCCUCAAGUCCAAGCCCAAAUCGAAGAAGAGCGGAGGAUUCCAGUCGAUGGGUCUUGGCUUUGAGCUCAUCAAGGGAAUCACGAAGCGGGGAUACAAGGUGCCGACUCCCAUCCAGCGGAAGACGAUUCCCUUGAUCUUGGAGGGCCGCGAUGUGGUGGCCAUGGCCAAGACGGGCUCCGGCAAAACGGCCUGCUUCCUGAUUCCCCUCUUCGAGAAGCUGCAGCGGCGCGAGCCCACAAAGGGAGCCCGUGCGCUUAUAUUGUCCCCAACACGCGAGCUGGCGGUGCAAACGUACAAGUUCAUCAAGGAGCUGGGCCGCUUCAUGGAGCUGAAGACUAUUCUGGUUCUUGGUGGCGACUCCAUGGACUCGCAGUUCUCGGCCAUACACACCUGCCCCGACGUCAUUGUAGCCACGCCAGGCCGUUUUCUCCACUUGUGUGUGGAAAUGGACUUAAAGCUGAACUCCAUAGAGUACGUGGUGUUCGAUGAGGCCGACAGACUUUUCGAGAUGGGCUUCGGCGAGCAGCUUAACGAAACGCUGCACAGACUGCCGUCCUCCCGUCAGAUGGUCAUGUUCUCGGCCACUCUGCCGAAGCUCUUGGUGGACUUUGCCCGCGCAGGCCUGAACGACCCAGUUCUAAUUCGUUUGGACGUCGAGUCCAAGCUCCCGGACGCACUGGCUCUAAAGUUUCUGUACUGCCGACCGGACGACCGCUACACAGCUCUCGUGGUUCUCCUUAAGUACGUUAUCCCUGUGGAGUCGCAGACCGUGGUGUUUGCCGGCACACAGCACCAUGUGGAACUUAUUUCGUACAUCCUCACCGAGGCUGGCAUCUCUAAUGCGUCGGUCUACUCUAGCCUGGACCCGGCUGCCCGAAAAAUAAACACCGCCAAGUUUGUGAACAAGAAGGUUUCCGUGUUAAUCGUCACAGACGUAGCCGCCCGCGGAAUCGACAUUCCCAGCUUGGACUUUGUUGUGAACCUCCAUUUUCCGGGUAAACCGAAGCUGUUUGUGCAUCGGGUGGGUCGUUGCGCAAGAGCAGGUCGCACAGGGACCGCGUACUCUAUAUUUUCCACAGACGACACAGCUCAUCUACUGGAUCUGCACUUGUUCUUAAACAGGCCAUUCAAUAUAAACGACAGCGCGGCAAUGGGAACCAUUCCGCAAGAUUUGCUCGAGGAGGAGCAUCUCACAGUGACGGAUAUUAAAAAGAGCCACCACAUUGCUGGAGUAUUGCGCACCAGCGAAAACGCUUACAAAAAAUACUUGAGUUCCCGACCUGUUGCCUCCACUGAUGCCAAUGCGCGCGUGAAGAAAAUUAAGUUCUUUGCGCUGAAACCGCUGGAGGAUUUCUUCACAGCUGCUCCCGCACUGGCUCAGGCUGCUGAAGUUAAUGGACAACUGACAGAAUCGCAGGCAAAGGUGGCUGCAGACGAGCGCAAGUUGCAGGAGGACAAGCACGAUAUACUGGUCAAAAUGCGUAGUUUCCGACCAGGUGGCACCGUUUUUGAACUUAACACCACGCAAAAGUCCACUCAGUUUAUUGUAAUGAAGGAGAAACGGAAUCAGCACGCGGAAGUGAUUCAAAAGUUCAGGCAGCAGCGCGCAGACGAGGACAUCGACGAGGCGAAGAAAAUGGCGGAGGAGCAAAGUCCAAGCCUAGCCAGGAUGCCAACUGCCGACGAGGAAGCCAUUAGCAGUACAUUCAAUAAAGUCGUUGCGCCCAAGAGGCUCCAAAACAUGGACGCACUUUACAAGGAUAAGACCAAGAGGAAGAAGCGCAAGAUUAACAGCAAGGACGAGGAGCACUACGUGCCUUAUCAAUCGGCGGACAAGCAUACGGAGGAUGGCCUGGCCAUCAACACCUUUGAGCGUCAGGCGCAGAACGCCGAGUUCUCUGUGUCAGACCGCAAUUCUGCCCAGGACGUAAAACACAAGCCAGGGCUUAAGAAGUGGGACCGUAUCAAGAAGAAGAUGGUCUCAGUGCAGGAUCCCCGAGCCAACAAGAUUCGGACCGAGUCCGGUGCAUGGAUUCCUGCUUCGUUUAAGACGGGUCGUUAUACUGAAUGGAAGGAGAAGUCCAAGAUUGAGGACCAGCUUCAGCGUGAAAACGCAGGCAGUGACGAUGACAACGCCAAGCCUCUGAGCCACGCCCAGCGGUAUCCGGUCAGUCGCCAUGCGCGGCACAACGUAAAGCUGGAACUUAAGAAACGUCUUACCGGAAACGACAAGGAGAUGCGGCGCCCCGAGCAGAUUGUCAAGUCACGCAUGCGACUGGAGUUUAUUAAAAAGCGCAACGAGGACAACGCGGAGCGGAAAAACGAGAACCGCAAGCGCAGUAUGCGGAAAAAUCAGCGUCCAAAAGCUCAAUCAACUGGUGGGCCCAGGAAACGGAAGUAGGAGUUUCCACAAAGAGAUAAUUGGCUGUUCAUGGGAAAAUAAUAUAAAUCGCCUCCCAGAAAUAAAACACUCAAAAUAUUUGUUCAGUACAGUUCGACAGUCCCCCACUGGACUUAGGAUUUAAAAAGUGUUUUUUUUAAAAAUACACGAUGAAAUGCGUGAA